AUGGCGACCCCUCCAAAUCCAAUGGAUAAUAUGAAAUCCACAUGGCGUACUUGGGACCGAGACCAGUGGAAACUACCACACAAAAUCUUUGAGCAUGCCGACGUAUACCACAUCGAGCUCAACAGGGAUGUCCCAAUUCAUCCCAAGGAAGAUAAAGUACCCUACGUAUCUGACUGGUCUUUAAACCGUUGGGUUCUUGUCAAUGCAGGAGCCCCAAUCCUGGCCCAUCAACUUUUUAGCUACUUCACCGGAUAUAAUUUCCACCCGCUCAUCGCCUUCUUCUACUACUACUACGCCUCAAGACUGUUCACGACACGCGAGCUGCGGAGUCUCCGAGAGCUUGGCCAUAUCCACGGGUUUCUGGACGGUGACAAACACGAGCGGGAUGGUGUGCCUGAUGUGGGCGUUUCGAAGGCUUUGAUCUCGGUUCUGCUGGCCGGGUUUGUGCGUCCACUGAUGACAAUCUGCCUUACCUACGAUGCAGACAAAGCCCCUGCCUCGCUCAGCUGGGCUUGGCUGCCGGUUGAGAUCAGUCUUUAUGGCAUCAUUCUUGAUUUUUGGUUCUAUUGGUAUCACCGUAUCAUGCAUGAUGUGAAUGGUCUCUGGAAAUUCCACCGCACUCACCACCUCACGAAACACCCGAACCCACUGCUCACAAUCUACGCGGACUCGGAGCAAGAGUUCUUUGACAUUGCCGGUAUUCCGUUGAUGACAUGGUUCACGAUGAGACUCAUGGGCAUGCCGAUGGGAUUCUAUGAAUGGCAUGUUUGUCAGCUGUACGUUAUGUUUGCAGAACUGGCUGGACAUAGUGGUCUCCGUCUUCAUGCAUCGCCACCCAACCCUGUAACCUGGUUGAUGCGGAUGUUCGAUGCCGAGUUGGUGAUUGAAGACCACGAUUUACAUCAUCGUCGGGGAUGGAAGAAGAGCCAUAACUAUGGAAAGCAAACACGAGUCUGGGAUCGGGUUUUUGGAACUUGCAUUCCCCGGAUUGAGAGUGCGGAGGCAAAUAUUGAUUAUGAUAAUCCUGUCAGUAUGUCGAUUUUGUGA